AGCUGGGGUCAACGCUUCCGCCCAGUUUUCCGAUGUACGCUGCCCGAAUUGAAAAUGGAGUUCGUUGAAGGCAGAUGCAUUGCAACUUCUCAUUAAACAUUACCGCCGUUUUGUUCAUUUUUGUUUCAGUAUCAAAGCGUAUAUUGAUAUAAACUUUAUUUUUUAGUUGCGGAAGCUGAAGAUAUACCGUGACGGAGUGACACUGCAGCCCUCUUCUGUGCUGGUGUCCAACGAAGUUGCGGAGGGGAUUGCUACGAAUAACGUGCUAUAUAUUUCUUUUUGAUAUAUACAUUUUUCUGUCAAAGAGCUGGAGUGUAAUAAUCGUUGUUUUGGGUAUUGGUAAAGAUGUUUAUUCUGUUCUACUCGGAUUUUAUUGCUGGACAAGAAAAAAUGACCCCGCAUUUGCUAUUCCCUUUCACAGUUUAGUCCAAUUUGGUUUCCAAAAGAGAGCUGUAAUGCAUUCACAUUCUAGACCUUUUAUUUUUACCCGAUAACUGGCGUUCGUGUCUGAAAGAAAAUGGUGAUAUUUGCGGUUAAUUUCCCUGCCGUGCCUGCGUUGUCGGUGCUACUGCUAGGAUUUGGAUCCCCGUGAGAAAAAAUGAGCGAAGAAUCGACAAAUCCAAACAACGAUGACAGUUACGCGCGCGUGAGAGCAGUGGUCAUGACUCGGGAUGACUCCAGCGGGGGAUGGCUGCCCUUGGGCGGGGGAGGCCUCAGCUGCGUCACCGUCUACAAAGUCAGCCGGCAGGACGACGGCGGGUGCCCCGACUUCCUCAUCCAGGGGGAGCGGCUCAAAGACAAAUCGGUUGUGCUGGAGUGUGUUCUAAAGAAGGAUCUGGUGUACAACAAGGUGAACCCCAUAUUUCACCACUGGAGGAUCAACGACAAGAAGUUCGGCCUGACGUUCCAGAGUCCUGCGGACGCCAGGGCCUUCGACCGCGGCAUCCGCCGAGCCAUCGAGGACAUCAGCCAAGGCUGUCCGUCGUACAGCGAGCCUGAGGUUGCUGAAGAUGGAUUGCAGGUGAACCCCGAGCCUCCCUCCAUUUGCACGGCCAUGAAGGAGCCCUUCUCCCCGCCGAGCGGCGUGGUGAGCUCGGAGCCCUGCCGGGGCUGCUACGUGCGCGCCCAGCCCUUCGACGAGUUCCCCACCGCCAACCGCCGCUACGUGCCCCCCCAGGUAUCCUUCAAGUCGACGCGCCACGUGAGCUUUCACAUGGACGAGGAGGAGAUCGUGCGGAUCAACCCCCGCAAGGACGUCCUCAUCCGAGGGUACGAGGACUACCGGCACCCCGUCAUGUGGAAGCAGGACCCGGAGCGCGAGGAGGUGGACUUCACGGCCCCCUUCUCCAAGCUGGACUCCAAGAAGUGCGAGUACCUGUACCCCGAGGGCCCCGAGGGCCACGCCGGCAAGGACUCCAUCAAGACCCAGCCGUCGCCGCUGCUCAAGGGCAAGAAGUCGCGGCGGCGGCGGGAGGACGGCGAGCGCUCCCGCUGCAUCUACUGCCGCGAGAUGUUCAACCACGAGGACAACCGGCGGGGCCAGUGCCAGGACGCGCCCGACCCCAUCAAGCAGUGCAUCUACAAAGUCAGCUGCAUGCUGUGCGCCGAGAGCAUGCUCUACCACUGCAUGUCCGACUCGGAGGGCGACUUCUCGGACCCGUGCUCCUGCGACACCGGCGACGAGCAGUUCUGCCUGCGCUGGCUGGCGCUGGUGGCGCUGUCCUUCAUCGCGCCCUGCAUGUGCUGCUACCUGCCGCUGCGCGCCUGCCACCACUGCGGCGAGGCCUGCCGCUGCUGCGGCGGCAAGCACAAGGCGAACGGCUGAGACGCGGGCGGCGGGCCGGCGCCGCGCCGACGGCUUCCUCUUUUUCCUCACCCGCCGCCCACCCAGGCGGCCGCGUCUUGUUUUUGCGCAGAGCUGGGCGCGGCGGCGGCGCAGGCUCUGCGCUUUACCCGCCCGCCUCGCCGGCGACACGCCGCGCAGCUUAGCGACAGGAGAGGCGUCGAGGGACGGCACAGAGAUACUAAAACAACGCAAAGUUUCAAAAAAAUUAAAUAAAAAACACAUUUAAAAUGAAACAUCCAGGCCACCGUACCGGACUCUCGUACACACAGUGCGUAACUUUGUGAAGGAAUUUUGUCUUUUGUACAGGAAGCAGAUUUUAAAAAAACGAUACGAAUACAAAAAGAUGCGUACAGAGAGUGUGCUGUAUGAGUAUGCUAAAAGGGAUAUGUUCAUGCUUUUCUUUUGUGAAUUUGCAGUUGGGUGACCGUGGCCUUCUUGACUCGAGCGUUUUCUGACAGUGUAAUUAUUAGAAAAAAAGUGCACUAGAUAUUUUUUUUUCCCUUAAAAGGUAACCUUCAUUGAUUCUAAUGGUAAAUUAACAGUGAGCAUUAUAAUUGUUGCUUAACAGUGCUGAGGUGUAUAAUUCUGUGGUGGAUGUGUAUGUUUUUUUUUUCUUUUUUUCAUUGAAUGCGAAAAAAAUAAAUAAAAAUAACAGCAUAAUUUUUGAAGGUACCGUUAGAAAUUGCCAUCCAAAAUUCAUGAAUGAACAUUUAAACGUUAAACCUCCCUUUAUUUUUGGUCGUGAGAUUUGGACCAUGUUGUUGCAUUCCAAGAUAAAGGGAUACAUUCUGUAAGCAGAAGCAAGAAGGUAAAACGUUGCUUUCCGCCCGUUUUUGGGAAAAAUCGACACAAGGACUCUUGUUUACCACAUUAGUUUAUUGAUUUACCUAACAUGAGACCAAGACAGCAAAAUUCCAGGUAUUCCACUUUAGUGAUAAUAGCAGUCCUCUGAGUCCACUUCCCAUGGAAAUGAUUUUUCUUUGUGACUAGUCUUAUCUGGAAACUGAAAGCUGACAUUUUGCUCAACCAGCAAGUUUUUUAAAUUCAUUUUGGGGUAUUUGGUACCCCUAUGCAAUGAGGCACUUAAGUUAGUAAUUGGACACUCUCUCCCAUUGUAAUAUUUCUUUGCUUUUGGUUGGUCAUUCAAAUACUCCAGGUAAUGGAAAUGAAAAUCCCACUUUAAAAGCACUGGUUUCCAAACUUUGGUUCCAGCAUAGUCACCAAAUACAUUUGUUUGCUCCUUUUUAGUGUAUAAUUGUGUUGUAUGAAUCACAGCACAUGUGCUAACGUGCGUAUUUAUGUGCUCUCUCUCUCUCUCUCUCUCUCUCCAUAUGGUUGUGUGAGUGUGUAUACAGUAUGUGUGUGUGUGUGUGUGUGUGUGUGUGUGUGUUCGCUAUUUUGCAGAUGCCCCUGUCCAAAAUAACUUACUCUAGAGCAUAUAUAUUAUGUUAUACAGAAGUGAAUACGAGUAAUUAAUAUAUUCAAAUGAAAAUUAAUACACAGUAGUAAUUUGUUUUGCAUGGCUAUGUCCUCUCGGCUGUAUAAUAUUAGGGUCACAAGCUAAAACAUUCCACAAUUAUUGUCCAAUCAAAACUGUUUUGAGUCCUUUUGAGUGUCCUCUCACAGCUCCCUAUAGAUUCCCUAGAUCAGUCUGGGGGUCCUUGUGAAUAGAUGAAUAUAUUUAGACAUAUAACUGUAUACAUGUGCAUAUAAACUGGUAUGUACAUGUUUUUUGCAUAUGUAUAUUUAUAAAUACACAUGUAUCUACACACAUAUGCUGUCAUGUACUAUUUCAUAGUAAUGUUAAAUUAACAUGUGAAUGCUAAUUUACAUUCGCCAGCCUUGUUUAGCAGUGGUUUAAUUAAAUGUCAAUUUAACCGGUGCAUAUUAGCCUCACAAGCACACGUCAACUGAACGUUUAGCGUAUCAUUUGGGCCUGUAACCAUCAGGUUUAAAAAGUCCUGUAUCGUAGAGAACUAUACCUUGCCAUGGUAAAUUCCCUCCCACUUCCUGUCUAUGCAGGAAAUUAGCCCUGUCACAGGGUAUGUGUGAAGCAUGGAUAAGAAAACAUCCAAAAUAUGACUUCCAAAACUCACUCUGCAUGAGUGUCUUUAUUUUAUUUUACUUUCUAUGCAAUUUUACCUUGAGAAAUACUUAGACUUCUGUCCACACUGAGUCACUGAUAUGACACUUUAAUAUGUUAUAUAGAUGUUAGCCCAGGUACCAAACUCAAACCAUUUGUAAAUAAGUAACACUAUAUUUAAAUAAUGGUAAUAAUCCCGUUCUGAAUUUAAAAAUAGAUCUGUAUUUAUCACUGCUGUCAGUAUAUACUGUAGCUUUGACAGCAUCAUGUAUAUAAGUCACCUUUGAGUAUUAUUUCACAUUGAAAAGUAGAGGGGGUACAUGAUGGAAUGACUAUUGAGCUUUUAAUAAAGAGUUUCUUUCUAGUUUUGUAUUGCAAAAAGAAGGAUAGAGACAGCUAAUGCGGUACAUUAGUGACAGUCCACUUAUCUUAAAAGUUUGAUAUCUAAAGCUGCUAGAAACAAUCACUAAUUCUAUUGAGUUAAGAAAAGGUUACAGAAGACUGUUAAUACAUUACCUAGUUCUCAUACAGUGUAAAACAAGGAUCUGGAGCAAAUGUCUUAGUUUUGUGUGCACACGCCUUUUCGUUUCGUUUCGUGUCCUCUUCCCCCACCCCCUCCCCCACCCAUCUUGUCAUUUGAUUGCUUUGCAUAUUGCAAGCUGAACCAAGGUUGGAUGAACCUGAUUAAAACUUGCUGGCUGAGAAGCAAAAUAUAGGAAAAUUUGUAUAUAUAUUUUGGAAAAUACUGAACUAACAUGUUUCUGUAUUAACCAGCACAGGGCAACACCUUGUCAUGUACUGUAUUUUAUACGCAACAUGUGUCUGCUUUAUUUUUUUUUUUAACCUACAGUAUCUGUUAACUAGCAUAUGUAAGACUUCAGUUCUUAACCACUUUGCUGCUAGUAUUUUAUUUUUUAAUCUAGAUAACUGUGCAUAACUUUGGAAUGCCUAUAUAAACAUGUUUAUUCAAUGUAUUGUAAAAAAGUUACAUUUCCCAGCAGCUGAGUGGUUACUUAAAUUCUCCGAUGCUUCGAUGCACUGAUAUAUGUAGGCUUUUUAUUCUUACAGCGCUUGAUGUAACUUUAAUGUGAUUAGUUCUAAAUAGUGAAAAACAUUUGUGUUUGAAACUGCAGUAUAAAUGGUACUCCAAUAAUUCUUCUGUAAACACUGCCUGUUUUUCAUACUGUACAUCUAUUGGUUUCUUAGUGCCAUUUGCUUCACACCCUGAUGACCUCAAAAAAGUGCCUCACAUCUAUUAUAGUUUCCAUUUAAACCUUAACAGCUCUUGUUCUGGUUAUAUUUGUUUAUAUACAUUUUAGGUAUUUUUAUUAUUGUUUAAAAAUACCAAGCAUAUGAUGUACAAUUUGUAGUUCAAUAACUCAUGUCGUAGUUGUAUUUUCUUUAUACAUAUACAGAUGUAGCUUGUUACUUUUCUUAAGUAUAUAAUGUAAAUAUGCAUAUAUAUGUUUGUAACUGUUUUUAUGUUACAUCAUACACUUGUAAUUGACAUAUCAAAUAACAUUAUCAUAAUAAAAUGGUGAGUUUUAA